GACCAUAGAUAGGCCAUCAUGUCUCUGUCUCUGCCUCUGCCUCUGCCUUGUGGAUUGUGCGCACUCCUUGUGAUUCUGCUCGUGCACCUGUCGGCAUCGGCGCCACCAACACUCGUGCCACAAAUUCGCACUAAUGGCUUCCAGCUGGAGCCUCUCGAGAACACAUACUACCUCAGCAUUCAGCAUACGGAUGGGACUAUUCGCCGGGAAUCUGUGAAAGAGCUUGCUCCGGGGCUGCUGCAAGUUGAGGGUGUCAUCAAUCAGCCCUUCGCGGAGCUGGGCACCUCGCUGGUGGUCACCUAUCGGGCUGGACCCGAUGGCUACGUGGCCAAGUAUACGUAUGGCAAGGGCCCGCCCACACCGCCGCCCCAGCUGCCGCAAUUCCUCAGUCCCAAUGCCUUAAAGUCUUCGGUGGGCUAGAUCCGAGGCGAAUCUAUUGA